CUUUAAAACGGUCUUAACUUACGCUUUAUUUUGAACAGUGUUUCAAGUAUAUAUAAUUUACUAUCAAAACCUGUCCAAUUAAGAAAUGAUACAUUUACAAAACAUAACUCUAUUAUUUAAUUCAACAUUUGGAAUGCAUUUUGUUCGCUACCACAAUUAUCUGUGAAUAGAUAUCAAAGAUACAAUUUAAAUUUAAAAACUUUAUACCAAGUGUACCACACCAUUUCACGUAUGAGAAAUACGCUUAACCUUUUGUGUUUGUUGUGUCAAAAUCAUUUUAUUUCAAUAAUUCACUGCGUAAACAUAAAGAAGGAAGUAUUUAACCGUAUUUAAACGAACGGGUAGUUAAGGCUAUUCAACGGUGUGUUUCAACGUUUUACCAUUAAAAUUAAUCAGCUGUUAAGCGGACAUAUGUAUUUUACUUUAUUCUACAUUAAAACUGUAUUUGCUGAAAUACGAUAGUGGUAGAUAACUUUCGUCUUUAGAUUAUAUAUAAGCAUGUUUGUGUUAAUAUCAAAAUAUGUAGUUUACUUUUACACAAGUCUCAUUUUAACUUCCUUGUCGUGUGGAUAGGAGGACAAAAAUGUUGAAAGAGAUAUUAUAUUGUGCUAAAUGCGUUACUUUCUUUAUGUUCAUGUGUCACGGCUUUCAAGAAAUGGCUUCCCUAGACUGCAAUUUUGAUGAGGGACCUUGUAACUGGGUACAAGAUAAAACUGAUGCUUUUGACUGGCUUCGAGAAUCCGGAUACACUCCAUCUAGUAGGACUGGACCAAAAUCUGAUCAUACCACUGGAGAUACGUACUACAUUUACAUCGAAGCUAAUGGUCAAAACAAGGGAGAUAUAGCACGGCUAAAUAGUCCAGAGCAAAAGCCAGGUCUCUAUUGCUUAGAGUUCUGGUACAGCAUGUAUGGAAGGUAUAUAGGGACUUUGAACGUGUAUAUCAAAUCAGAUGGUGGCAACGAAAGUGUAAUUUUUUCAAGAACUGGCACCACUGGCACCAGAGAUUGGAAAAAAUGCCUAUAGGCAUAGAUAUACCGUAUGGAUUCAAGGUUGUGAUAGAGGGUAUACGUGGCGACGGUAACACGGGUGACAUUGCUGUGGAUGAUAUUUCAAUGACAAAAGGAACGUGUUCAGAUUGCGAUUUUGACAAUGGAUUUUGUCAUUGGACACAAGUUGAUAAUGAUGAUUUUGAUUGGACGUUAAACGAAGGACAAACGCAAACAUCAAACACGGGGCCUUCAUCCGAUCACACUUCUGGAAAUGGCCGUUACAUCUAUAUCGAAUCAAGUAUCAGAAGAAGAGGAGAUGUUGCAUGGCUUUUGAGUCCAUUCCAGCACGCGGGAAAGUAUUGCUUCUCAUUCUGGUACUAUAUGUACGGAGAACACGUGGAUAGAUUAAGAGUAGGACUGUGGUGGUAUAUAAAUGGUACAGGGCAAGCAUUGUUUAGGACGACAGGAAACCAGGGUAAUAACUGGAUUCCAGGAAACAUUAUCGUUAAGUCUACGACAGAUUUUCAGGUUGUUUUGGAGGGAAGAAUUAAAAAUGCAACGUAUCGUUACGAAGGAGACAUAGCAGUAGACGACGUAUUGAUGACGUCCUGUCAAGACUGUGAUAAUCCGAUACCAAAUCAUGCCGUCGCAAAUUCAAAAAACUUUGAAUACGGUUCAGUGAUAGAAAUAACAUGCAACAUGGGUUACAAUCUUACAGGAGUAGCACAGAUGGUUUGUCAGGCUGGUGGCACUUGGAGUUCCCCUCGACCAGUAUGUAAACCAUACGAUUGUAAGCAUAGAAAUAUAUCUAACGGAGACUUUAUUGCUCCGAAUGGCACAACAUUCGGACAAACAGCUUCACAAGUCUGCAGUAAAGGAUAUACAUUGAAUGGGGAUACAGCUGUAACUUGCACGUCUUUCGGAUGGAACGGCACUGCAGGAACUUGCACUAUUGUCGACUGUGGUAAUCCGACACCAACAUAUGCCAAUGUGAAUUCAACAAACUUCGAAUACGGUUCAAUGGUAGAAAUAACAUGCAACACGGGAUACAAUAUUACAGGAGAGUCCCUGAUGGUGUGUCUGGCUAAUGGCUCUUGGAGUUCCAGUAGUCCAACCUGUGAACCAUUCGACUGUGGUAAUCCGACACCAACAAAUGCCAAUGUGAAUUCAACAAGCUUCAAAUACGGUUCUGUGAUAGAAAUAACAUGCAACAAGGGAUACAAUAUUACAGGAGAGUCCGUGAUGGUGUGUCUGGCUAAUGGCUCUUGGAGUUCCGGUAGUCCAACAUGUGAACCAUUCGAUUGCGGAAAUCGGACACUACUCAACGGGCAAUUUUCUGCUCCAGAAGGAACAACAUUCGGCCAAACUGCCACGCAUGUCUGCAAUAUCGGUUACUUUUUGGUGGGAGACACAACUGUAUCUUGCACAGACUCUGGAUGGAAAGGCAUAGCUGGAAUUUGCGAAAUUGAAGGCAUGUACAUUUCUAUCAUUAGUGUUUAAAUCUCGUAACGUUCAUGUUUAUUAGACACCAACGAAAAGUGUGGACUGGCUGGAUUGUUGUUUUUCAUACGGUGUGAUUUAUUUUCAUGAGGGAGAAAAAUUGAAAAUCGUUAAAUAUGAACUUGAAACAAAAACACAAUACUGAAUAUAGAACAAUGAAGAGUUAAUAUGUUUGUUUUUAUGUACU